AUGUUUAUAGAUGCAAGCCGAUUUAGCAAAUGGUCCAAAUUAAUCAAAACAACUAUUUUGGCACUUGAAUUCAUCAAACGCAUAACAAAGAAUAGAUUCAAGUGGUUAAGCCCGAUCUCAGAUGUCCUCUGUUAUAUAAUAAUAAAAGAAGAUGAAGUAGACAAAGCUCGAAAGGAUGGGAAAGUGCGGACUACUGCAAUAGAAUUACCAAAUGGCAAAUUACUAAAACGUUCGGUAAGUGUACUUCCUCCGCUCGAAAUUGAUUCAGAAAUCGAAAUCGAAACUAUAGAAAAUUAUAAUCUGGAUUUUCAACGAGGAAGAAAAUCGAAAUACAAGAACCAACUGCAAUGCGUAAUCGAGCAUCGACGAGAAGGAUGUCUGAAGGAAUCCGAAUCACACGUUAUCCAAGAUAGCUUAUAUGCAAGAUCUCAUAUGAGAAUUCCAGCAAAACGAUGCAAUAUUAUAACGCGAGUGCGGGAUUUCUAA